UGUGGAGACACAGCGUGCAAAAACCGUUUACCAGAACCAAAUAACAACAACAACCGCCUCCUCUGCACCAACACAACAUGACCUCCGCCGCCCAGCCCAUAUUCUCAAAGGGAGAGGACUGCAAGGGCUCCUGGCAUGACGCCACUGCCGGCUACAAUGAAACCGACACGCACCUGGAGAUCAUGGGCAAGCCCGUGAUGGAGCGCUGGGAGACCCCGUACAUGCACUCUCUCUCUACCGUUGCAGCCUCAAAAGGUGGUCGGGUUCUGGAGAUCGGUUUCGGCAUGGCCAUUGCCGCCACUAAGCUUGAGUCUUUCCCCAUCGAGGAGCACUGGAUCAUCGAGUGCAACGACGGCGUCUUCACCAGACUGGAGAACUGGGCCAAGUCUCAGCCACAUAAGGUCGUCCCUCUGAAGGGCCUUUGGGAGAAUGUUGUUCCCACCCUGCCAGACAACCACUUCGAUGGUAUCCUGUAUGACACAUACCCACUGUCAGAGGAAACAUGGCACACUCACCAGUUUGACUUCAUUAAGGGUCACGCUCACAGGAUGCUGAAGCCCGGUGGCGUCCUCACCUACUGCAACCUGACCUCCUGGGGCGAGCUGCUCAAAACCAAAUACGACAACAUUGAGAAGAUGUUUGAGGAGACCCAGGUGCCUCACCUGCUCCAAGCCGGCUUCAAGAAGGAGAACAUUAGCACCACCACCAUGGACAUUGAACCACCCAGUGAAUGCAAAUACUAUUCCUUCAAAAAGAUGAUCACUCCCUCCAUCGUCAAGGAGUAAAGCUAGCUUUUUUUAUUUCACUGUCUGCCAUAUUUCAAUAAAUUCAAGUCCAAGU